AGAGGCAUGUAAACUCAAAUACUAAAUGCACUGUGAUAGGUGCAAGAAGCGGGGAACACAGGAGGGAGAGGAGGGGAAGGGAGGAACACUCCAGAAGCUUUCAGAAGAAAAAGGCACAAAAGGAUAAACAGACUGAGUAGGUAAGCCACUGCAACCUGGCUACCCAUAGGCUGAAUCUGGCUUAACCGUGGGAUUAGUUUGGCUUGCAAAUUAAAACUUUAAAAAUGUAUUUCCAAUAGUUAAAAAUAUUGAUCGAGCUAUUGAUCACAAAAUCUCGGUGUCCCGCAUCUGGUUAAGAUCUGGCAACACUUGGCUGGACCGAGGAGAAGACUGGGGCAGGCAACAGUUCUCCAUACACAGACUGCUUCGCUGAGUCAAGGACUUUCCGCAGGCAACUGAGUCCUUUCUUCCUUUGACAGGUCCCAGAGGCUGGUGAAGGGCACAUCGGCAAACUCUUGCCCACAAGCAUGCCACCCGUUUUUGUAAAUAAAGUUUUAUUGAAACCAGGGCUGGGAUUAGAAAGAAGUGAGUGAGGCCGGAAUUCGGGGGCAGUGGUUGGAUUUUUUAAAAAUUGUAUUAAAAUAUUAUUGAUCUUGAUUACGUUUUCUGCUGCCCCCGUAAAUUUUGCCCGGAGGUCAGUGCCACGUUGGCCACACCCUGCACCCCGCUCUAUAGUGAAGGGUUUUCAAUGGCAUGCUUAACAGCUUGGACCUGAUUUAAUCUAUACAAUGGUAAACAGCUUUUUUUUUUUAGCAGAGGCAAGCAGAGGAUUAGAUCGAAGUCUAGGAGAGUCCUGAAGUUUCCACGCCCCAAAUCCCACCCCUGCACUCACAGCCUCUCAGAUUCCCACUCUUCUCUAACACCCGCAUUUCAGUUUCAUAUCCCGGCUCGCUCUUCGGCCCCUGAACCACUGACGUUCCCUCCUCCUUCAUCUCCGAGCGAGCACCCCGGGAAGGCCCCAAGCACCUGCCUCCUCGGGCGCAUCCUCCACCGGCGCUCUGAGCUGCCGUUUCCUGCAUUCUUCCAGGCCCGAGAGUCGAUACCCGGACCAUCGCUCUGCUCCAACGGGGCGGAGCUUCCUCAUCGGCGCGCUCCGCACUCGGCUAGUGCUGCCUCCCCCCGGCGACCAUCCAGCGGGAGGCGGAGCGAGCCCAAAAUGGCGGCUCUCAGGCUGGCGCGCUCCGUGCUGCUGAGGCUUUGAGGUGGUCGCCGGGGGUCGGGGGGGACGAUUUCCCCGCCGCGGGGGCCCUAGAGGAUGAAUCAGGGGCUCUUCUAAGGUUAGGCGGCGGGGGUGGAGAGAAGUGGCAGCAAGGACUGCGGUGGAGUCCACGGAGCGGGAUGUGCGAGAGUUACUCCAGGUCGUUGUUGAGGGUCUCGGUGGCGCAGAUCUGCCAGGCGCUGGGCUGGGACUCGGUGCAACUGAGCGCCUGCCACCUCCUCACGGACGUGCUGCAGCGCUACCUGCAGCAGCUGGGACGGGGCUGCCACCGGUACUCUGAGCUGUAUGGCCGGACAGACCCAAUUUUGGAUGAUGUUGGUGAAGCUUUCCAACUCAUGGGGGUUAGUCUUCAUGAACUAGAAGACUAUAUCCACAACAUUGAACCUGUCACUUUCCCACAUCAAAUUCCUUCAUUUCCUGUUAGCAAGAACAACGUACUUCAGUUUCCUCAACCCGGAAGUAAAGAUGCAGAGGAAAGAAAAGAAUACAUCCCUGAUUACAUGCCACCCAUUGUGUCUUCUCAAGAAGAAGAAGAAGAAGAGCAGGUGCCCACCGAUGGGGGCACAUCAGCAGAAGCCAUGCAGGUUCCCUUGGAAGAAGAUGAUGAACUGGAAGAGGAGGAAAUUAUCAAUGAUGAGAACUUCUUGGGUAAGAGACCGCUGGACAGUCCAGAAGCUGAAGAAAUGCCCACGAUGAAGCGGCCACGCCUGCUAAGCACUAAAGGGGACGCCCUGGACGUGGUGUUACUGGAGGCUCGAGAGCCACUCAGCUCAAUAAACCCACAGAAGAUCCCACCAAUGCUGUCCCCCGUCCACGUCCAGGACAGCACGGACCUAGCUCCUCCGUCACCAGAGCCGCCAAUGUUAGCUCCAGUGGCAAAAUCACAGCUGCCAACCGCAAAACCGUUGGAAGCAAGGUCGUUUACACCUAAAACAAAGACUAAAACCAGUUCUCCAGGGCAGAAGACUAAAUCACCCAAAAUGACUCCGUCACCAGCAAUGGUCGGAAGUCCUAUUCGGUCUCCAAAAACCAUAUCCAAAGAAAAGAAGUCUCCUGGACGUUCGAAGAGCCCCAAAAGCCCCAAGAGUCCCAAGGUCAUCACUCACCUUCCCCAAGUACCCAUCAGACCCGACACCCCUAACAGGACUCCUUCAGCUACAAUAAGUGAAAAAAUUAGUAAAGAGACCAUUCAGGUGAAACAAAUACAAACAGCCCCCGAUGCUGGGAAACUGAACCAUGAGAAUCAGCCGAAAAAGGCCGUCGUGACUGAUAAGACCAUCGACGACUCUAUUGAUGCCGUGAUUGCACGGGCUUGUGCUGAACGGGAGCCAGACCCUUUCGAGUUUUCUUCUGGAUCCGAGUCAGAAGGAGACAUUUUUACCAGUCCUAAGAGGAUUUCAGGUUCAGAAUGUGCUACCCCAAAAGCUUCCACUUCCUCCAGCAACUUCCCCAAGUCCGGGUCCACCCCUCUCCCUCUUUCAGGCGGAACUUCAAGUUCUGACAAUUCCUGGACGAUGGACGCAUCCAUCGAUGAGGUGGUCCGGAAAGCCAAGAUGGGGACCCCUCCCAGCGUACCCCCCAGCUUCCCUUACAUCUCCUCCCCUUCAGUCUCUCCUCCCACCCCUGAGCCGCUGCACAAGGUAUAUGAGGAGAAACCCAAAGUGCCGGCCUCCACGGACGUCAAAAAGAAGCUGAAAAAGGAAAUGAAGACGAAGAUGAAAAAGAAAGAGAAGCAGAGAGAUAAGGAGAGGGACAGGGACAAAAGCAAGGAGAGAAGCAAAGAGAAGGAGAAAGGGAAGGAGACCAGCAGGGAAGCCAAGUAUCCCUGGAAGGACUUUCUCAAAGACGGAGAGGCAGAUCCCUACAAGUUUAAGAUAAAAGAGUUUGAAGAUGUGGAUCCAAAAGCAAGAUUGAAAGAUGGAAUGGUGAGAAAGGAAAAGGAGAAGCACAAAGACAAGAAGAAAGAUAGAGAAAAAGGCAAAAAGGAUAAAGAGAAGCGGGACAAAGAGAAGGCGAAAGAGAAAGGCCGAGAAGAGAAGCUGAAGGCUGCCGCAGCCCCCCUGGUCCUGCCCCCCAAGGACAUGGCGCUGCCCCUGUUCAGCCCCGCGGCGGCCGUGAGGAUCCCAGCCAUGCUGCCCUCCUUGACGCCCAUGCUUCCCGAGAAGCUGUUCGAAGAGAAAGAGAAGCCCAAGGAGAAAGAAAGGAAAAAGGACAAAAAGGAGAAGAAGAAAAAGAAAGAGAGAGAGAAGGAGAAGGAGAAGAAGGAGAAGGAGAGGGAGAAGGGGAAGCGAGAGAGAGAGAAGAGGGAGAAAGAGAAGGAGAAACACAAGCAUGAGAAAAUAAAAGUGGAGCCAGUGGUCCCAGCCCCAAGCCCCGUGAUCCCCAGAUUGACUCUCAGAGUUGGAGCUGGCCAAGACAAAAUUGUCAUCAGCAAAGUGGUCCCAGCCCCCGAGGCUAAGCCAGCGCCUUCUCUGAACAGACCCAAGACGCCGCCGCCCACGCCGGCCCCCGCCCCUGUCCCCGUGCACGUCACCCCCGCUCCCGUGCCUUUGCCCCUUCUGGCCCCGGCCAGCGCGCCCCUCACCGGGAUGCCCGCUCCGGCCCCCGCCGCCUCGGGAGCUGCCAGUUCCAAAGCCCCCGUCCGGAGUGUGGUCACGGAGACGGUCAGCACUUACGUGAUCCGAGACGAAUGGGGGAACCAGAUCUGGAUCUGUCCCGGCUGCAACAAGCCCGAUGACGGGAGCCCCAUGAUUGGCUGUGACGAUUGUGACGACUGGUACCACUGGCCCUGCGUCGGGAUAAUGGCCGCGCCCCCGGAAGAGAUGCAGUGGUUCUGUCCCAAGUGUGCCAACAAAAAGAAGGAUAAAAAGCACAAAAAGAGGAAGCACCGGGCGCACUGACGCCCCGGGGGCCCCUGUCCUGAUGCCUCGGGGGAGGUGCCGUGACCCCGCCUCCGUGUCACCUCCCACCAUGUUCCUGAAGGUUAUGAACCUCGCAAGACUGAGGACAGAAAUACACCACCCGCAGGGAUUUUCCUUCCGGAACACCCCGGCCUGGGGCCACGUGGUCGAGACCGAAGGAAAACUCACGUGGAGGCGGGGCACCGGGGCCACCUCGCCUCCGUUUUCUAUUACCAGUGACAAGUAUUACUAAUAAAAAGACCAUAAUCUUCCCUUUCGAUUUUCUUGAUUCUCUCCAGGGCCUUUUCCUUAAGGUGUUAGAUGAGGAGAUGGCGUGUGGCCUGCCUUGACCGUGACUGAGGGUGACGUUGGUAGUCUGUCUGCGCCUCCAGCCUCCUUCCCUCUCUAGUGAGAUAAUCAUAAUCACAUAAAAGAAAACUCCAGGUGGAGUGUCGGUAAAUAUUUUUGUGAUGAAAAAUAUAUGAAGCUUCCCCUCCCUCCCUGUUUUUAGUACUAACAUGUAAAAUGUUCAGGCUUUUUGUGAAAUACCUUAUAUUUUUUAAGAAAAAGGUUUCUAUCAUGUCCUGUUGGCUUUUGUGCAAAUUAUUUUUGUUGACUCUCACCUAUUUUCUGUCUCUGUUGCCUCCCGACUUUGCCCAUUUCUCUAAACUGCUGGUGUUCUUCUCACAGCUUAUCCAUUUCAUCAACUUGUAUAAAAACUCUUCAGACCAGGAGAUCUCCCCUAAUGUAAAUAAUAAAUAUUUAUGAAGUAGUUAUUUUUAAAAAUUUUUUAUCAUGUUUAAAUCUGGCUUUCUCUGAAAUCUGCUGUGAUUUCAGCCAUGUCUGUAAUUACUGCUGUACAUAAGCAAAGAAGGCUAGAAAAAAAGAGCCAUGCGUAGUUCAAAGUUACCUACCUUGAGCUGAACCCAUGCAGUACCCAAAACACUGGGGGAAAGGACCCGAGCAGUUGGAAGGAAAACAAGGCAAUUUAAAUCUAUGGUUUAUGAUUUGAAAUUGUUUUGUUAUCUCUUGUUUCUGUAAAUUUCUUUGACUUCCUUUUGUUUCAAAGGACAUGUAGAUUCCCUGAAAGUUAAAAAAAAAAAAAAAAAGGAAAUAUAUAUAUAUAUAUAUAUAUACUGUAGCAUUUUGUGUUUAUAUUGUUUUAUUUCUGCAAAUCUGUUCAUUGAUAUUGUGGUUUAAGGCUGAAAUGAAGUAUAUUAUGAAAUUUUUUUUAAAGAAAACUCAUCAAAUUUCAGGGUAUCACAAAACUUUAUUAUAUUACUAUACUGCCCACUAUUUAUUAUAUGUUAUAGAUGUCUGAGAGAUAAACCAAAUAUUUUAUUUUUAAUGUAAAACAUCAAAUUUAAUUUUAUUAGCAUAUUUUAGCAACUUUGGAAUAAAUAUGGACUUUUACUUGAUUUUGAAGUAAUCCCAACUUGGGCCAGUGUAAUGGAUAUCUUGAAUACUAGAAUAUGGGCUUUGAACCUAAUACAAAUAUAUUAAUAGAAAUUGUGAUUUUUUUAAAUGCCAAGUAAAUUGAUACUAGUGUAUGAAUCAUAUUUUAAAACAUAUUAUGUGGUUAGAGAAAUGAGGCUUUCUGCCAUGGAUGUUAAAUUGCAAAUCAGUGGAAAUGGAGUCACCCUUUCAAGAUUGCAGUAUUUCAUUGCCCUCCUUGUUCUAGAAGUCAAAGUUUUUCUAUCCCUACAAAGAAACAAAGCAUCUAUGUUGAGACACGUGUUUUUUGUUCUAUUAAUUUGAGAUCAUCCUAAAUACUUUAUACAAUAUUUUCACAUGCACAAAUCUACCCAUUUAGUGCUUUUUGGAGAGGGAUGGGGGUGGGGAAGUGCAAAAUAAAGAUU